AUGAGCUGUUGGUACAGCAAUUUUCUACCUCAACAGUACCAAUUGGGUACUCAACCAAGCAGAGCCACCAAACGACUUCAGACCGGCCAAUCCGUCACCCUGGAUUUCGACAAGAAUUCUGUCGUUACCUUGGACUACGGACGCGAAGUUGCAGGUUACCCAUACUUUGAAAUCUCAAAUGUGAAAGGUCCUGUGCAGAUCGAAGUCAAGUACACGGAACAAUUUGACGGCUUGAACCAUGUCUGGGCUGAUGGGCCAUACUACUUUACAAAUGGACUGUCCAAUUCAUUCCGGGUCGAGACUUUCAACAUCACAAAGCCUGGAAAGCUCGAGUCUUACUUUGUUCAAGGAGGACAACGAUGGCAGUCCAUCAAAGUUUUGACCAAGGGGCACAUUACGCUGACCGAGGUCGGAUUUGUACCUACCAUCGACCACAUUAAUCCUGACAACCUUCCUUCCACAUUCUCUUGCUCAAAUCCAACUUACAAUGAAAUUUGGAAGCUCGGGGCCAAUGCUGUCGCAGCUGCUUGCUUUGACGCUAAUUCCCAGCCAUCCACCUGGGAAGUUACGGAAGAAGGCGCUUACAUCCGUGGUCAGAAGCCAGGCCCUGGCGUGCACGGAAUGGAUUGGACUGACUACACCAUGACCUUCUCGUCAAAGAUCAUUCGCGGGGGUACUGGCUGGUCUGUUUCUCAGCCUAUUUCAGGAACUGGACUGGUGCUCCUCCUGGUCUCUAACCUACCGGAGGAAACAACAUUUGUCAACACUAAUAAGACACUCACUCCGCGGAACUCAAUUGUUGUUGCUUCUGGCUGGGGCUUCGUGAAUCAAACGACGCUCGAUAGCCAACUUGUCGGAAGCUUUCCCAUCUCUAUCGACAUCAAGGAAGGUAUAUGGUACAAGAUCUCGACCACCCUCCUCUCUGGCUCUCAACUUUCCAUUGAUAUCGAUGGGGCCACUGUCCUGAACAUUUCGCUAACCGACUAUGGGGUGUCUGCCCUGAGUGCCGGUGGCUGGGGAUUUGGACCCUACCAAGAUCAAAGCGCGUUGGUGAAAGAUGUGACCGUUCACGCAAGCAAUGGCACGCUUCUCUAUGAAAAUGACAUGCUAUCCUCCUCCAUCUUGUCUGAGUACGGCGUUCGACAAAAUACCGAGGCUCUGUGUAUGGAUGGAGCGAAGCGAGAUCGAUUGGUCUGGCUUGGGGAUUUCUUCCACACCUCGAAAAUCCUGACUUCGAGUACUUCUCGCUGGGACUACGUUCGUGGAACUUUAGACUACCUGCUCAGUACCCAAUUGUCAAACGGACUUGUCAGCAUUGCGCCACAAAUGGGAUACAACACUUCGUCUCUGAAAGAAGUUCUCUACUCCUACUAUGGCCUGAAUGACUACCAGAUCCUAGGAGUUCUAUCUUUUACUGGGUACGUCCAGAGAAGCGGCGAUCUGACCUGGGCUAGAGGUGUCUGGUCGUCGAUCCAAAAGCAGAUCUCGUGGAUACUGGGUGAAAUCGACAGUAAUACACAGCUUGUCAGCUUCGGUGGAUUCCUCGGUGACGCUAAGGGGACUGCGAUCAGCGCUGCACUUGUGCAGGCGCUGAAUGAGGCUGCUGUGGUAGCCGAUGCUUUGGUUGACACAAAGAGCGCCCAGUCAUACCGCGACACCGCAACAGAGAUAUCAAAGGCCAUCAAUGAGCUCCUUUGGAAUAAUGAGUUGGGGAUUUAUGUGCGCAGUACCUCGUCCAACACCAGUUUUGGAGUUGUAGAUAUUGCUUUUGCUAUCAGCUCAGGUGUAGCCAGCGACGAACGAGCUGCCUCGUCAUUGGUUAGACUUGCUGAUUUGAAGCUCACUCCCGGCUACAAAGAUAUCUCCACUACUGAUGCUGCCUCUGCUGAUAUUUCUCCGAAUACCAAUGGCUUCCUGCUCGCGGCGGCUAUGGAAGUAAAUGAUACCGCUAUCGCCAAGUAUCUCCUGGAUAGCCUUUGGACGGCCAUGACAAAUGAUGAAUACAGCACUGGUGCUUCUUGGGAAUAUGUUGCUCAAGAUCUGAGCCCUGGAUUGAGCUUGUUUACAUCUCAGAGCCAUCCAUGGGGUGGCGCACCGACCUAUGUACUUACCGAGCACGUUGCCGGGAUUAGUGCAGCUACUCCAGGACAUAAGACUUGGAUUGUUCAACCUGCAAUCUUAGGAUUUGAUCUAAACUGGGCUACUGCAUCUGUGAAGACUCAAUAUGGACAGCUAUCGGUGAAGUGGGAACUUGGUAAUAAAGUGUUGACUGUGAAAGUUACCGCGCCACGGGGGACAUCCGGCAACUUACAACUACCAUCUGGUCUCCAGAUCAAGGAUGUCCAGAUCAACGGAUACCAGAGCCCUCCUGGGACUAUAAUCCCGCUGCAGAGUGGAUCCUCUAUUGUGAAAAUUCAAUUGACUUGA